CACUACUACUCGUACACAGCAGUCAAAACAGAGGCGCUGCUACUAGAAAAGUUAGAGAGAUAGGCAUGCCGGUAGAGAAACCAUACAAAACCCACCCCCAUUAAUUCCACCGUGAUUCCAUCUACUUUGUCCUCGUUCUCCUCUCCUCCCACCGCUUCGGCUUCCCUUCUUUCCUUCCUUCCCUAUUAAAGCUCCGAGGGAGACCCUCUCCUCUUCUCCCAGAACUCCUUUAUUCCCAGCCCCGUGCAUAGCAUUGCAUUGCAUUGCUGCUACGGUGUCGGGCGCGAGGAAGGGCCAUGAGGACGGGGGGGAUGCUUUGCCGGUCGCAGGCGGCCACGGCGGUGUGCGUGCCGGGGGACGCGAGGUCCAUGGUCGUGGGCCGCCGCGCCGACCGCACCAUCGCCGAGGACGCGCGCCUCGUCCAGGACGUCCGGUACGCGCGCCUCGGCGGCGCCAGCGGCUGCGACGGGGCCGAGGCCACGCGCGUGCUCUCGAGGCGGCGUGCCGCGCCGGCGCCGGCGCCCGUGCCGAGGAGGCGCGGGGCGCCCGUGGCCGUGACGCUGCCCAUGGUGACCAAGAGCCCCAAGGAGACUCCGGCAAGGGACAUGGCCGCGGCCAAGCGGACAUCCGCCGCCGCCGUGGCGCCCGGCGACCAAGUCCUCCAGGUGGUGGUGAUGAAGGUGGCUAUACACUGCCAGGGGUGUGCAGGGAAAGUGAGGAAGCACAUCUCCAAAAUGGAAGGUGUGACAUCGUUCAGCAUCGAUCUGGAGAGCAAGAAGGUGACGGUGAUGGGUCACGUGUCCCCAGAGGGCGUCCUGGAGAGCAUCUCCAAGGUCAAGAAGGCCGAGCUCAUCGUCUGAAUCUUAUCAUACCCAUGCAUGCCAGGCCAUGAAUGCUGCAGGAAGUAGUAGUACUCAGAGAGGAAGAAGAACCUCGGUUGGGUUAAAGAGAAAGAGAGAGAGGGACAGGAGAGAGGAGAGAAAGUGUAAGUUGUACUCCUACCUGGGUCCGGGGAAGGAGACAUGCAUGGGCCAGGGCUGGGCUUGAUAGUUCCUUCGAUCCAUCAGUGAAAGCUUUAGACAGGCAUGGUGAACUGAUAGCUAAGCAAGUGUCGUCGUCGUCGUCGUCGUGUGUGCAUGCUUACUUUAUUAUAUUAUUACUUACAGUUCAGCUCUUUUCCUUCUUCUUUGAAA